CAGGCCGUCGCCAGGGGCAACGGGGCCCAAACGGGAGGAAGGAGGGAGAGAGGAGAGAGAGGCCCUGAGGGUCAGUGUGAGCGGCGCAGAGCCUUAUACAGAGAGAGCGUCAGGAGAAGAAGCAGAAGAUGGGUCGGGAUUACUACGCCGUGUUGGAGGUCACCAAGAACGCGACGGACGCGGACAUUAAACGAGCGUAUCGGAAAUUGGCCUUAAAGUACCACCCUGACAAAAACCAGGAUCAAGAGGCUGAAGAUAAGUUUUUUAUAAUCGCAGAAGCUUAUGAUAUUCUCAGUGACUUAAAAAAGAAGGCUACUUAUGAUAAGUUUGGUGAAGAGGGCUUGAAGGGAGGCAUUCCCACUGAAUUUGGUGAAACCGGUGCCUGGACCAAUGGGUACACUUUUCACGGCAACCCCAAGAAGAUCUUCAGGGAUUUCUUUGGCGGAGAUAACCCAUUCGCAGAUUUCUUUGAUGUGAAAGGAGAGGUAAAUAUGGGAUUUGGCGGUUUACGAGGGAAAUCGUUGAAGACACAAGACCCUCCAAUAGAACGGGAUCUGUAUGUUUCUUUAGAAGAUUUGUUUCAUGGAUGUAUGAAGAAGAUCAAAAUUUCACGCAGAGUUAUGAAUGAAGAUGGCCACACUUCCAGCAUUAAGGAUAAGAUCCUGACUAUCAUUGUUAAACCAGGCUGGAGGGAAGGAACUAGAAUCACAUUCCCCAAGGAAGGGGACCAGGGGCCAAACAACAUUCCAGCAGACAUCAUAUUUAUUUUGAAACAGAAACCGCAUGAACGAUUCUGCCGGGAAGGGAACGAUCUCAUUUACUGUGCUCCUAUUUCCCUCGCAAAGGCUUUGACAGGUUAUACUGUGGAAGUUGAGAUGCUAAAUGACAGAUUUCUCAGCAUCCCAAUCAAUGACAUUGUCCAUCCUAAAUACUGUAAAGUGGUACCAAUGGAAGGAAUGCCCAUCACCCAAAUUGCCACAGAUAAAGGAAACCUUAUUAUCCAGUUUGACAUAAUUUUCCCAGAACAACUCACCCCCCAAAAGAAGAAGAUGAUUAAUAAAGCAUUGCAGCCAUGACGAGUCAGCAGCAAGCAGGAGCUCUACUAAUUCUCUCCAGAUAUGCUUCUCUCAGUGUCUAUUUACAAUGUGCUUAUUCAUUUAUAACAAAGUGUAUAGAAUUUAUAAAGUCAUUUCUGAAAAAUG